AUGAUUCAAUGCAGUAAUGGUAGAAAUGAUAUGGAUGGCCAAUCACUUGAGCAGCACUAUCAGUCAGCAUUAACACAAGGGGACAUCUCACCAAAGUGUCUCAAAGGGGGAGGAAGAGGCAAAAAGAAGCAACAAAGAGACUCUAGUGUUCCACCUGGAACUGGUAUACAAACUAGAAGGGCACUGAGGAUUUUGGAGCCUUUUCAAGAUCCUGAUAAAAUGGAAGAUUAUAGAAUAAGACUGAAUAUGCAUACUGCUGCUGCAAAUAUAUCUGGCAAGAUCUGGAUCUUUGUGGAUGAGAUGUUUGAGAUGGAAAUAAUUCAUGAUCACAUGCAGCACAUUACUAUAAAGCUCAAAGCUCAAGGAAUGCAGGAAGCUUUACUCAUCACUGUGGUAUAUGCAAAAUGUACCCAAGUGGAGAGGAGGGUUCUGUGGGAAAGCUUAGAAGACAUUGCAGAAAAUUGUAACAGUCCCUGGAUGAUAGGAGGGGAUUUCAAUGUAAUUACUUCAGAGGAGGAAAAAUAUGGAGGACUUUCCGUCAGAAAUCAGUUUUUACAAACUGUUUACCCUAAUAUAGAUAUCCAACAUCUGGUUAGAUCAGGGUCUGACCAUGCUUCUAUGCUUAUUUCAUAUGCUGGAAAUUCUGAACCUUUUAGAAAACCUUUUAAGUUUCUAAAUUUCUGGGUGAAGCAUCAUACUUUUUUGGAUAUAGUGAAAGAGAACUGGGAUGUAGAUUUCAUGGCUAACCCUUUUUCAUUAUUCCAUUUUAAGUUAAAGAAGAUUAAAGCUGCUUUGGUGAUUUGGAGCAAAAACACUUUUGGGAACAUAUUUCAGCAGAUAGAGUCUCUGGAGGAUAUUAUAAAGGCACAAGAAGUCCAGUUUGAGUUGCACCCAUCUCCUCAGAAUAGGGAGAAUUUACACAAGGUACAGGCUGAACUAAAUAGAUAUUUACACCUUAAGGAGGCUUUCUGGAAACAGAAAGUAGGGAUGCAAUGGUUUGAUGAUGGGGACAGCAAUACCAAGUUCUUUCAUACUUAUGUGCAAGGUAGAAGGAAAAGAUUACAAAUAAGGAGGAUACAGGGGCAGAAUGGGGUAUGGUUAGAAGAAAGAGAAGAAGUUGUAAAUGAAGCCAUUAGUUUCUUCCAAGAUCAAUUUGCAAAGGAACCAGAUCCUUCUAAUUUUGGCAUUCUAGACCAUGUACCCAGAAUGGUCACAGAGGAGCAGAAUGACAGAAUCACAGUCCUGCCAAAUAAGGAAGAAGUUAAGGAGAUAGUGUUUAAACUUAAUGGUGAAAGUGCUGCUGGUCCAGAUGGUUUUACAGGAUUAUUCUAUCAAUUCUGUUGGGAUAUAAUUGGGGAGGAUGUAACUAACAUGGUGAAAAGUUUUUUUUGUGGUACAGAAUUACCAAGAUUUGUGACUCACACAAACUUGGUCCUCUUACCAAAAAAGGACUUGGUGAAUACUUUCUCAGAUAUGAGACCUAUAAGUUUGAGUAACUUUAGUAACAAGAUCUUUUCUAGAUUAAUCCAUGAAAGGUUGGCAGAUGGGCUUCAAGGAAUGAUUUCUCUAAAUCAGGCUGGUUUUGUUAAAGGGAGGAGUAUAGUGGAAAAUGUGUUGCUAACACAGGAAAUUGUGUCAGAUAUAAGGCUGAGGACCAAAACUGCAAAUGUGGUACUUAAAUUGGACAUGGCUAAGGCAUAUGAUAGGGUCUCUUGGUUAUUUCUGACAAAAGUCAUGAGACAGAUGGGAUACUCACACAUGGUUGUGGACAUGAUUUUCAGAAUAGUCAGUAAUAACUGGUAUUCCAUCCUACUAAAUGGGCAACAACAUGGUUUCUUUCAAUCAUCUAGGGGGGUUAAACAAGGAGACCCCUUAUCCCCCACUUUGUUUAUCUUGGCUGCAGAAGUUCUUUCAAGAAAUCUAAAUCAGUUGCAUCAGAUACCACAUUUCAAAGGAUAUGGGCUUCCUAAAUGGAGUCCUAAGAUCAAUCAUCUGGCAUAUGCAGAUGACAUGAUCAUUUUUGCCUCUGCUGAUAUCAUAUCCUUACAGAAAAUCAUGGAAGUUUUGAAAAGAUAUGAAGAAACAUCAGGUCAGAAGGUAAACAGGGAUAAAAACUCUGUGUACAUGCACCAUAAUGUCACAGGUGAUAUAAAAGCAAUUGUUGAGGUGAUAAUAGGAAUUGGAAGAAAGGAUUUCCCAUUCACAUAUCUUGGUUGUCCUAUUUUCUAUAGUAGGAGGAAAAAGGAUUACUAUAAUUCUAUUCUGGUAAAAAUAAUGCAAAGGUUGCAAUCUUGGAAAGGAAAAAUGUUAUCCUUUGGUGGAAGAGCUGUUUUAAUAAAACAUGUGUUACAAGGUAUGCCCAUACAUCUUUUAUCUGCUUUGAACCCCCCAGAUUGUGUAAUUACACAAAUGCACAAGCUUUUUGCACAGUUUUUCUGGAAUAACACAAGUGGAGGUAAAAGUAGACAUUGGUCAGCAUGGCAUAAGUUGUGUAUAGCAGAAAAGGAGGGGGGACUGGGUUUUAGAUCACUUCAUGAUGUAUCCAUGGCUUUAUAUUGCAAAAUAUGGUGGAAGUUUAGAACUUCACCAUCCUUGUGGAGUGUUUAUCUCAACAAUAAAUACUGUAAAAAAGAAAAUGCAGUUGUGGUACAAUGGAAGUAUGGGUCACAAAAUUGGAAGAAUAUGCUUCAAGCUAGGGACUUGAUAGAACAACACAUUUGGUGGCAAACCAAAAUGGGCAAUGCUUUGUUUUGGUAUGAUAAUUGGACAGGAUUAGGGGCUUUAUACUAUGUCACAACAGGGGACACAUAUGAUGACAGAAUUCAAAAUGUUUCAGAAAUGGUGAUUGAUGGGAAUUGGGAUGUGGCAAGAUUGGAACUAAUAUUACCUGGAGAUGUAGUACAACACAUAAGGGAUACUAUUACACCAACUGUGAUGACUGAGGAGAAGGAUAUUCAUUGGUGGCUUCUGGAUAGCAAAGGGGAUUUUACAGUUAAAUCAGCCUGGGACUAUUUGAGAUUGAGAGGACAGGAGAAUGAGAUUUAUAAAUACAUGUGGAUAAAAGGACUACCAUUUAAGAUCUCCUUUUUCAUGUGGAGAUGCUGGAAAUUUAAGGUUCCAUUGGAUGAUGUGUUGAAAAGAAUGAAUAUUAAUCUAGCAUCUAGAUGUUGGUGUUGUUCAAAUCCUAAGGAGGAAACAAUUCAACAUCUUUUUGCUAGGUCUUUUUCUGCUAACAGGACUUGGUCCUUUUUUUCCUCUCUUGCAGGCAUUAAUAUUGAAGGACUUCAACUACAACAAAUCAUAGUUAAAUGGUGGCAACAACCUGUUAAUAAUAGGUUGAAACCAGUGUUUUAUGCUAUGCCAGCUAUAGUUCUAUGGGAGCUAUGGAAGAGAAGAAAUGCAUAUAAACAUGGAGAGAGGAAAUCAGUUGGAAGAUGCAUAUAUCAGAUCUAUGUUACAAUUCAGAACUUGGUUAGAUUCAGAAAUCCUUCAAUACAACAAAUUCCUCACAGUUGGAAGGACAUGUUACAGCUUUUGGAAGGAUACAUAACACAGGUGAAAUACAAGAAAGUGAUUUGGAAACCCCCUCUUAGGGGUUGGAUUAUGUGCAACACUGAUGGUGCAUCAAGAGGUAACCAUGGGAGAGGGUCUUUUGGUUUUUGUGUAAGAAAUGAGGAGGGCAAUUUAAUAUUUGCCAGAGCAGCAGAGAUAGGACAUGUUACUAAUAAUGAAGCAGAAAUAGUGGCAAUCUUGGAAGCUAUCAGGUGGUGCAACAACAAUCAGUUCAAUAGAAUCAUAAUACAAUCUGACUCACAAUUUGUUCAAAAGAUUCUAAAAGAAGGCUGGAAACCACCCUGGAGUUUAGCAAAUUGGGUUGAUGAAAUUAAAAGUAUGGGAGAGGGGAAACAGGUAACAUAUACUCACAUUUUACACGAAGGAAAUCAAUUAGCUGAUGCAUUAGCUAACAGAGCAUUAGACAAAGGAACAACAGUAUAUGAACAUUUCAAUGAGAUGGAAGUGGAGCUAAGAAAGAUUCUAAACAGCGAUAAAUCCCAAGUUCCAUACUUAAGAGUGCAGAUCAAGUAA